AUGGAAGCCCUUUCGCCGCGUUCAACAAAUCAGAUGAUCAAACCGCAACCCAUCAUGGAUCGGAAAACUGAGAAAAAGUCUGCUCCUCCCUCUAAAUCGUCGUCUUCCAAAAACCAUGCCGACCCACCACCGUCAAUAGUCCCCGAGCCCGAAGAAGAUGGAGAGCAAUACUCUACGGGAGCAUUUCUGGGAAAGGGAGGCUUCGCUAUCUGCUAUGAGGGUGUAUUGCGACGGAAUGGUCGCGUGUUUGCUCUGAAAAUUGUCAAGUCCCAAAUGCAACAAAAAAAAAUGGAAGAAAAAUUUCGAACUGAGCUUCAAAUACACUCCAAAAUGCGCCACCCCUUUAUCGUCCAAUUCUACCGCGCAUUCACAUUCGAGCAAAAUACAUAUGUCGUCCUGGAGAUUUGUCCGAAUGGGUCGGUAAUGGAUAUGGUUCGCAAGCGACGAUGUCUAACUUUACCAGAAGUGCGCCGUUUCAUGAUUCAACUCUGCGCUGCUGUCAAGUAUCUUCACAAGAGAUUUGUCGCGCACCGCGACUUGAAGAUGGGCAAUCUGUUUCUAGAUCAUAACAUGAAUAUCAAAGUAGGAGACUUUGGACUUGCUGCCAUGAUUCUCUCGGACAAGGAUGCGAAGCGACGAAACACGCUCUGUGGAACCCCUAACUAUAUUGCUCCUGAAGUUCUCGAUAAGAGCAAGGGCGGUCAUAAUCAAAUGGUGGACAUAUGGUCGCUAGGUGUUAUAUUCUUUGCUAUGUUGACGGGAUAUCCGCCCUUUCAAUCAAAGACACAAGAAGAAAUCUACAAAAAAGUGAGGAACUUGGCCUACGUCUGGCCCAAAGAAUCGGAAAACAACAACUUCAUUCCCGAGGAAGCAAAAGACCUAGUCAGCUCUUGCUUGAAUCUAGUUGACGAGGAAAGACCUGACCCCGACGAUAUUGUUGAGCACCCAUUCUUCAACAUGUACGACGGCUGCAUCCCCCGCCAAUUAGAUCCCUCUUUUCGUUUCAACAAGCCAAUUUGGUAUAAGGACGAGUCACCUCGGGGUGACUGCAUGAUCAAAGGCUACGGUUUAGACACGGAUGAGAAGUUGCGCGCCUACGUGACCCAUGUAGUCGAUCCCAGCCAGCGGUAUCAUUCUUGCAAAGCAGCCUUUUAUUCCCUGUGUGGUGUUGGAAAAAAGCCCGAUGGGAACCCACGGAAGUCAGUAGGCAGAAACUGCUCGAAGUCAGCCUACUCAGAGUGCGAAGUUGAGGAUGCCCGGGGUCUUCGUCCCAGGAUCCCUUUGCCUUCGGAUUUUGUCUACAAAUGGCCUCAUGAAAUUGAUGGUGAUUGGUGUAUGAUGGAAACUUCUCGAAAGCCCCCACGAGGUGAGGAUUCAGCACUCGAAUCCAGCCUCCUGUCGCGCCACGGUACGUCUGGUCUUCAAAACGCUGUCCAAACCAAUGCAGCUCUUCUGGCUGCUCAACAACGCCGGAUGGAGAGUCAAAAUCAUGCGGCAACUCUUCGUCAGCAAGGUCGUUCGGGGGGACUACCUGUUCGGAAUCGACCCGAUGCAGACGAACAGACAGAACCUUCAUCACGGCCCUCCCGUCUUCAACAACCCGAACUCUCGUCCUCGAGCAGAGAUGCGCCAGCUGGUGGCCUCGCUGAGCGUCCAAUUCGCACUCGACGUCUGGUCUCCACAUCCAAUGCUCCCUCUCUCCGUGACCUUGAGAAAAAAGCGGUUGCAAAGUUGGCCAAGUCGACUAGCAUGCCAACCGGGCUUACCGUUGGCAAGACAAGGUCUCAAUCUCGCAGAAUGGAAGCUGCUAAUCAAGGACCACAACUUGCAAUAAUUCCAAUGGCUGAUGCAAAACUCGCAGCAAGGCUAGAGGAGCGUCGACCGGCCAGUCGUUCCGCCCUCCGCUCUGUUUCCCGUGGCGACUUGAAGCUCGCUGCAGAAUCAAGCGACGGAAGAAAGAAUAUGCAAAGUGAGGCAGGCUUUGGCUCAAGUCAGCAACCGAGAACAGUACGUAAUGCUCCCAGUAUUGGACGGUCAAACAGCAAAAAGGCUAGAUCAAGUCUGGGUAUCAGUCCUCUGUUUCAUCGAGAGGAUACCUGGAAGCUUUUGCCUGGAACAUCGUUAAUCGAUGUGAACGUCGAGUUGCGUGUGAUGCUCAACAAUCUAGUGAGUAAGCCUUCUCGGCGCCGGAGUGGAACAAGGAAACCGCCACAUGCCUAUGUAAUCAAGUGGGUUGAUUACACGAACCGUUAUGGUAUUGGUUACGUUUUGGAUGACGGGAGUGUGGGUUGCGUUUUUAAGGCAGAAAAUGGCCGACCAGCCACCAGUGUUGUCGUGCGGGACGGUGAAAGACACAUUCGUCGCAAGGCAUACAGCAGCGAGGAGAAGAAUAAACCAUAUUCAGAAUCCGAGCAACUAGUCCCACGUAAUGGAGCCCCGAUAGAGUUCUACGAGAACUACGAUGAUGAUAUUAUCGGUUGCCGAGGGGUUCGGUGCGGACUCAUUCACCCAGCGCUGUUUGACCCCGAGACCUCGAAAGUUAUGAGACUGCGGGCCAACUCUGGCACCGAGUUUGAAUGCGCGGAUAUGGAGAAAGUCAAGCGAGUCAAGUUGGUUGAUCAAUUUGGAAAGUACAUGAUUGGAUCUCUUGGUCGCCAUGGUGAUGAAGGGCCUUCAGAUGCUGCUGCAUCAACUCCCCCUAGUGUUCAGUUCAUCAAGUUUUAUCAGCGACUCGGCAACGUUGGUAUCUGGGGUUUUGGAGAUGGUGCUUUCCAGUUCAAUUUCCCUGACCAUACCAAACUUGUCAUCGCGCCUGGUCGUACACGUACGUCUUCGCCCUGGAUCGACUUUUACCACCUCUCACCCUCCGCGGCGCGAUACUUCGCUGCCAAGGGCAAGAUGCACCCAGCUGGUUUCGAUACUCGCGCCAUCGCCUCAGACGAAGCAGCGACCUUCCUCAACAUCACACAGGGAGAGCCGAUGAAUUCAGUCGAACAGCGAAUCCGAGAGGUCCUCGACGCGAAUGCAUUUCUCCAAAAGAUCAGCUUCAUCAAACAGGUCAUUCAAUGCUGGAUCAAGUUUGGACGACUUGGUGGUCGUCCCCCAUCCAGUCGCUCCGCUCCGGACGAGAUCCCCCAUGAGAUGUAUUGGCAGGGAACACAAGAACGUCCAAACCCUGGCCACGGAACAAAAUUUGUAUGGGUUACCGUCGGAGCUCCUGAUGGCGAUGGGGAAUAUUGUGCGGUUUUGAUGAAGGAAGAUGAGAUCGAGCAGCAAACUGAUAAAGAAAUGGAUAUGCUGAAGGACCGCAUGCGAGCUAUGCGAGCUUGA